AGUGACAGUGAGACAAGAGUGACAAAAGGUAACUAUGUCUUCUGGUUCUGAUAACGAACAUGACGAAACAAUUUCGAGCUCAAAAGACAAAGUAUUUGGACCAGCACUGCCUUCGAGUAUAAAGAAAGAUUCGGGCCAACAAAGCAGCAUAAUAGGGCCGGCUCUACCUCCCCAUUUCAAACAAACUUCUAGUUUAAUUGCAGACGCGAAAUGCGAUUCAAAUCAGAUAAUUGGCCCCGAACUCCCUCCUCAUUUAAAGGUUACUUCAACGGUGGGAUCUGAAGCGGAGCCCAAAGUUAUAGGGCCGGUACUUCCUCCGCAUCUUCGAAAUAAACUAAUUUCUUCUACCGCGCAAGAACCGGAAUCUUCUGAGAUAUCUUCGACUUUAGAUGAUGAUUUAAAAUAUGAAGUGCCUCAACCAAGUGAGCUACAGGAUUCAGAUGAUGAUGAUGAUGAUGCGUAUGGACCCCUGCCUUUAGGGGCUAAUCAGACUAAAGCUCACGUGGAGUUAGAGGAGAGAGCUCUGCAAAUGAAGAUAGAUUUAUUGAAUCCAAACAGUGAUAAGGAGCCAGCUAGAGAGGAAUGGAUGUUGAAGCUACCACCCUCAAAGGCUGCCAAUUUGGGAUUGGGGCCCAGGCAAUUUAGGAGCAAGGAGGCGCCUGAUCUUUCUGAUAGAUCCUCCUGGACUGACACUCCCGAAGAUAGAGCGAAGAAACGAAAAACUAAAAAUGAAGAACCAUUGGAUAUUAAAAAGUCGGCUGCAAUAAGGGAACUGAAAAAGCGGGACAAGGAGCAGGAGGAAAUGACGAAAAAGCAUAAGAGAUCAAGCGAAAGUUUAGUCGAUAUUCAUAUGAAAAAGAAGAAGGACGAAAAACCAGAAUCAACAGAACGGCGUCCUUUCAGUAGAGAAGUCGAUUUAAAAGUAAAUCGUUUCGAUGAGGCUCAGAAGAAAGCGGUUUUGAAAAAGGCACAAUUAUUAGAUACUAGAUUUUCUACGGGAGAAUCCAAAUUUCUCUAAAAUUAAAUGCAUAAGUCCGUAUUUAAAAGUAUUGUAUUUCUGAAUUUAUUAAAGCGUAAAUAUUAUAA